CCGUUUUCGUCCUUGACUCCAACGGCAGGGUAGUUAAGUCAAGAGACCACUGAGAAACUUGGAUCUUAACUUAAUACAAACUGAGAUAGAUCCUUUUUAUAUGCCUUUUAGUCCAGAGUUAACGUGGCGCGAUGUCCAGCACUUGAUAGUUAGAAGUUCUAAGCCUCUCUCUUCUCCAAGAACGAGCGAUUUCUCUACCACAAGGCGUCCCAAACCUUCCUGGAAGACCAACGCAGCCAAUCUGUCGGGUACACAGUUUUAUGUCAUGUGUUGUCUUAACUAAAAAGAAUUACUUACAAUAUUCAUAGGACCUUUACUUACACGCAAAGUUACUGAAAAUUCAAAAUCGCAAAGCUUAAAUUACAAAGCUUGUUAAUUUUUCAAUUCCAAAGAACCUUUUAAUUCAAAGAGUUACAAUUGUCACCUUGAAUUCAAUUAGAGAGGUAUUUAACUAUUUACGUUUACAGCAUUAGUGAGACGUCUCCGCAGGCACCAGCUGCUGAUGUUGAUUGCCUCAAUGGCGCAUUCUUUAUGACAAUUGAUAGGCUUUUUUUAAAGUAAUUGUCGAUAUAAAAACCAAAAAAUCUCCAAAAAGUAUUAAUAACAGGUUCAGAAUCGUUCCUCGGGCAGCAGUGACAUCAGCGUGGACUCUCAGAGAGGAGACUUAAGCAACAAAGUUUAGAUCACUAAUUAAUAUGUUAAACAGGAUUGGUCCCCAGAUACCGUUGUGGGGAACACCAGAGUACAAACUAGUAGCCAAUAAGAGGAAAGGACCAGCAUAAACCACAAGAGGACUGCAAAGGACCGCAAAUGAAUAUGCUGCAGAACGUAGGAUCUAUCAAGAUCUGAUCAGCAAAAAAAAAAAAGUAGACAUAUUGAACUCUGCCAGCAGAAUACUGCAAUGAUGCAUAUUCGUUUGCGGUCGUUUGCAGUCCGUUGUGGUUUAUGUUCGUGCUUUUUUGGGGGGCCGUAGUUCAGUCCAUCCUAUAUUUUCUUUGCGAGGCAUCAACGCGGCACUUGGACUCUUGCCCUCUCAGAGACACGUGAUAUUGCGUAAUUCUGGAGUGUUGGAGUUAUUAAAUGUCAGAGCUCUAAAACAAAGUAAGCGAGAAAUUUUUAGCAGAGCUUCUCUGUUUGUUGCGCGAUACUGAUCGGCCACAAUAAUGGAGAAACAGCUGUCUACGGCUACAAUCCCGCUCUGUUUUGUGUUCUUUCGGUGUACUGUUGAUGUCUUGCAAAGUUAAUUUUCACUGAGUACCAUCAGCAUUCUAGUAUUCUCUGCGUGCAGAAUUUAAUAUGACUCCACUAUAAAUAAGAGGAAACCCCGUUCACAUUCCCUCCUUCCUUUUGAUCAGUUAAACAAGGGUGCAGGGAACAAAUGCAUGUAUGUCCCUGAGAACAGUGUGAAACAUCACAGAGAUUCCUAAACUCUGGAAAACUCUUAUGAAGUCACAGGUGGCUGGAGGGCCUUCAAACUGUGGGGAGCUUAUUACCAAAUACGACGGCGAAGGGAACGAGAACGGCAAAUUGAAACAUUAGGGAACUUAAGAACCACGACGACGACUUUGUCGACGACGACCGGAAGUGAGAUACCGUGCACUGCGCAAGCGCGGUUAACAAAUUUCGUCGUCGUGAUGUCGUCGACGACGCCAAACACAGUAGAGUCACGUCGUCCUGCAGUCCACAAGCUUCGGCAGGUAUAACUCCCUGUUUUCAAGCGAUUUUUCAAGGGCUUUGUAUUUUUUCACCUCGUAAAUCCAGGUAUCCUUUCUUUUUUCUGCUAACAAGCGAUGUUGAUUGAAAAUUUGACUGAUGAAUUGUGUUUACUACGAAGAAAACACUGAGCUGUGCAGGCCGAGCGAGCGAACUCGUAAGUGACAAAUUUAUGUGUACGUAUUUAGGUCAGGCAAAUCAUAUAUCUUUAAUAUAGAGCAAAUGAACUUUAUAUGGAAAACAGCUGUCGCAUCUCUUUUUCCAAAUCUAAACUCUGACAGACAAUCGGACUCGGUCAUGUCAUUCAGGUUGAAAGUUGAAUAACCUUCGUACGGAAAGCAGAGACUUUUCCAUUCGAAAAGGUCAGACAACACUAAGAAUUCUUCAUCGUCAAUGAAAGUAGACGUACGGCUUAUAAAAUAAGAUCUUGCAUCGUCUUAAAAGACGCCUUUGCGAAAAAACUUUGUUGCGAACGAACAUCACAGUUUUACUACUUCUACAUGUUUGUUUACAUUCAGUGUCGUCGUCGUCGACCUACCGAUCGACUGCAUCUUAAGUUUCCUUUUUCCCGCCGAAACUGACGUUCUCGUUCCAGUCCUUUCCCAGUCAACAGACGUCGUCGUCGUGAACUUCGUCGUGGUUCUUAAGUUCCCUAUUAGCAUGUUUAGAACAUAGUAAAACGACAACUUUGCACGUGCACAACUACGGCAUGCUAUUAAAUUAGCUGAACAAAAUUGUCCUUCAAAGACUGGAACAAGCGAAGGUGCCCUUCUUUUGAAACUUCAUUUUACUGGUUGUUUUUUAGAAGUAAUUACCAUAUAUGGUUCAGUAUAAAGUGGCAUGAUUUCUUGCUCCCAAAAGAAGGAUUUUAAACCACAUUACCUUGGAGUCUAGGCUCGAAGAUUUUUUCCUUUUCUUACGACGUUUUUUGUAUAUAAAUAGGUCUGUAGUUAAAUGCUGAUUUGGGAUCUUAUUUUUAAAAAAGGUAUCUAGUAAAUUUUUCAAAGGAACGGCUAGGUAUAGCCCUGCUAAUUUAGGAGGAGUCUUGGGCAUAAUAAUGUGUGGCCCAGUAUCCCAGUUUUGGUAUUUGUGCUCUAUAUAAUUUAAGAAUUUUUACUGACUGACUUUCAGUAAGCAGCCACUUUGGAUUUGGACUGAUGGAUGCCUACACCAUCGUUCAAUACUCAAGGAAUUGGAAUUCUGUCCCUCAGCAGCUUUAUUGUGAAGUCGCCCUCGAUAUCUCAAGGUAGAUUGUUGUAUUGCUUAAAAAUAAAAAUUUCUAGGGACACUAGAUAUUUAGGAAAGUCGUAGACCUUCUUUUGAUGGGUAAGACUAAUAUAAUUAAUACUUUUGAUAAAAAAAAACCGGAGAGAAAUUGUCAAUAUCAACUCAAAAUCACACAAAUCUUUAACCUCAUGAAAAUCGGUUGACUGCAGUCAAGAUCAUUACUGGCUUGUCUUACCGUUACACGAAACUCCUUUGGGUGAAAUCUGUUUUCCUCAAUUAUCAUAUCAUUCUAUUUUCUCAGCUCUGCUGGGCCACAAAUUCCCUGGAGGGGACAAUUUCAGCUCCCCUUGUCUGUGAGCGAACACAAUUGCAGUAUCCGAUUCUUAGAGCACGUGCAAGUACAGUUCGAUCUCAGUUUUCCUCGCCGCGGGUAUCUGAGAAUGAGUUCAGUAUCACCAAGUAGAACCCAGUCAACACUUUUUUACCCACGAGCGUUUGAUAGCCUCACUGGUGAAAAAAGGUUUUCAAACUGGACGGUGACAAGCUUGCACUACUGGGGAGAAAACCCUAUUGGAAACUGGACCAUAACAAUAAGAAACACGAAGCCAAGGAGAAACAACAGGAAUGGUAAUGUACUA